GAAAAAAAAUAUUUCACAUUUUAACUCACAAGGUUGUCGCUGACCGACGAGAUUGCUUCGCCACCGCUAUCGUCUUCUUCCUUCCGUCGUUCCUUGUAUUAGGGUUUUCAAAACUCAGUUUGCACCCACCCAUCAAAACGACCUCCAAUUGUCGCGUUUUGACAACCACCACUUUUCCGCAAAUCGACUAGACAUCGGCAGUUGUUGUUGCUGUCCGGAGCGGCGUCGUGGUAUGGAUUCUUCGCCGGUGAUCACUCCUGAAGAUGUAUUGGAGUCGUUGAUGAACGACGGCACAAUUGAUGCUCUCAGAUUGAAGAUCAUCAACCAGCUCAAAGCCAAUGAGGAACUGAAGAGUACUACUAUUAAAAUGGCUGAGCAGAGUAAGGUUCUGAACACUCCUGGGGCUGAGAAACAGACCAAAAGAGAGCUCUUCGAUGCGCUUCGGCGCGAACUUGAGGCUUCUGUACUGGAGAAAGCCUCAAAAUCAGUUUGGGAUUUAAUUUUAGACAAUAAUGGCCUGGGAAAGGAGAUAAGUGAGACCGUUGAAAGAGUAUUUUGCCGAUUGAGUGGCCAGGAGCCCCCUUUAUUUCCACUUCAAAAUGGAGAACCACAACCUGAUAAAGAGGUUGACAGCGGAAAAGAAAAAGGGAAGGGAAAACAGAAAGAAAAGGCAAAUGCAAAUGCAAACACAAUUACUCCAUUAAAGAAAAGAAGCUACUCUGAAAUAAAUUUGGAAGCAGAUGAAACUGCGACCAGGUCCUCUGAUCCAACAACAUUGGAAGGUUCUGGCAAAUCGCCUUUAUCAAUUUCAAAGACUUAACUUGCUGAACUCGCUUUUUGUAACCUAAGUGAUCACAUCUAGUAAAUAUAUUAUUAACAGUCAUAGGACUUGACUUAACUAGAGUUUGGAAGAGUCUUGUCACCGAAGUUUUGUGUAUUAUGCAACACACUUUUAUGUGCCCUUACCUAUUUUGAUUUAUGAAUUUGAAUGAUUUGAAACUUUACCCAA